GCGAUGUCCGCGAGCCAGGCGAGUGCCGCGGCGGCAGCGGCGGGGCCUCGCGCGCGGCAGGGCGGCCUGAGCUUCGGCCUCCCUCCGGUUCCCGGGAAGCGGGCUGGCGGCAAACACGGGAGCAGCAGCAGCAGCAGAGGCGGAGGCUCUGGCGCGUCCCUCUCCUCUUCCUCAGCCUGAGCCGGGGGAGGCCAGGCGGCCUGGGUGGCUGGAGGGGGGUCCGCUGCCCGAGAAUGGGAAUUCUCUUCACCAGGAUAUGGAGACUGUUCAAUCACCAGGAGCACAAAGUUAUAAUUGUUGGGCUGGAUAAUGCAGGGAAAACUACCAUCCUUUACCAAUUUUCUAUGAAUGAAGUUGUACAUACAUCCCCUACAAUAGGAAGUAAUGUAGAAGAGAUAGUGGUUAAUAAUACACGUUUCCUAAUGUGGGAUAUUGGUGGCCAAGAAUCUCUUCGUUCUUCCUGGAACACUUACUAUACAAACACGGAGUUUGUAAUAGUGGUUGUGGACAGUACAGACAGAGAAAGGAUUUCUGUAACUAGAGAAGAACUCUAUAAAAUGUUAGCACAUGAGGACCUAAGGAAAGCUGGAUUGCUGAUUUUUGCUAAUAAACAAGAUGUUAAAGAAUGCAUGACUGUAGCAGAAAUCUCCCAGUUUUUGAAACUCACUUCUAUUAAAGAUCAUCAAUGGCAUAUCCAGGCAUGCUGUGCCCUUACUGGCGAGGGACUGUGCCAAGGACUUGAAUGGAUGAUGUCACGACUUAAGAUUAGAUGAUUUCUACUGACCUCUUCUCAUACACUUUGUAUAAAUGAAGUGCUGGACUUUAUCUGAAAGCUGCAAAAAUUAAUGGUUUAGAUAUAUUUAUAAUAAACUGAUUUAAAUUUUUUCUAUAAGAAGAAAAAUUAAGACCACUUAUUUGAAAACAAAGAUGAAGAAUCACCUUCCAGUUUGCUUUCUCAUUUGUUCCUUCCAAAGUAAGGUCUUAAAAGCUGUGAUUGACUUUUUUCUCAUAAUGAAUCCUCUCAGGACAUUGUGUAGCCUGUGGUAAGUACAAAGGGAGAGGAGAACAUUUUUACCUUUGAGAACUUUAUCAUCAGUAUAACCCUUCCCUAAUUGAAUGUUGUUCUCUUAUUCCAUUAAGUCAAAGUACAAAUCAGCACAGAUACUCAGUUUCCAGUAUUUUAAAAUGUAAUGUUGCUAUUGAAAAGUCUUUUACGUUAAGAUUGUAUAUGUAUUGUGUAUAUACCUCAAGUUCAAAUUAAUGGCUUUGACUUACAUUACAAGGAAAAGUAAAUAACAUGAAACCUAAUGAUAUCCUUAAUUAUAACCAUGGUGACAUGAGUACUGGCAUUGAUGUUGUCAUUUUGUGUUUUUCUCUUUAUGUUCUCUGUAUUGUACUAACCAAUCCCAAAAAUCAUUGAACUGCUU